AUGAGUGAUUCAAUACUGGUGAAGAUAAAUUGUUUUCAUUCGGGUGUGUUCAAAGAUGAUGAAGAUGGAAAGCUAAAUUAUGUUGAUGGUUUGUUGGAGCAGUUCGAAGUGAAUGGUGAUGCAGCUUAUGAAGAAGUUCUGAAGAUCAUUGUUCAGAAAAUUAGUGUGGGGAGAAUGUGGUACAAGUUACCAUACGAAGAUAUCUCAGAGAAGAAGGAUGGAGAGAAAAACAAAAAGAGGAUGGCUUCUAAUGGUCGCUAUUAUGGGGAGCUUGAUGUCUUCAUAGAGAAACCUGAUGGUACUGUGGUUGAGGCAGAGAUUGAGCACGGUGUAGCUGUUGAUGGUACUGUGGUUGAGGCACAGACUGAGAACGAAGCUGUUGACGGUGACGAGGAUAAUGGUGAUCAUGAAGCAGAGGAGAGUGAAGAUGAGUAUCAAGCGAGUGAUAAAUCUGAUAAUGAGGAGGAUAUUGACAGGAAUUUUGAAGAGGAUCUUGAAAUGUUUAGGGAUGAGAACUAUGAGGAUGAGAUAAUAGACGAGGAUGAGGUAUAUCCUGACACGGAGCAGUCAUCUGAUGACGAAGAGGAACAAGCUGAGAGGAUGGCUAAUAGGGGUGAAUUAGAUGGCGUUUUUAGUCUGAGGCAGACGUUUUACAGUGGUGAAGAGUUCAAGAAGCAAGUGAUCAAAUAUAUUCUGAAGACAAGAAGAAAUGUAGUCUAUGACAGAUGGGAGAAGACAAAGAUUGGUGCUAAAUGCAGUGGUAAAGGUUGUGUGUGGCGUAUAUACUGCUCAGUAGAGAGACCCAUCAAGAAAUGGAUGGUGAAAGUGUAUGUUAACACACAUACUUGCCAUCCCACAGGUAAGUGUAAACUCAUCAAAAGCCCUGUCAUUGCUGAAGUUAUGUUGGAGAAAAUCAGGAAGGAACCUGAAAUGAGUGCUCCUAUGAUCAGAGAAGAGUUUAGGGAAACAUACAACAUCAUCAUCUCCCCCGAGCAGGCAAAGAUUGCUAGGCGUAUUGUUCUUGAUAAGCUACAGGCAGAAUGCAAUGAACAUUUUGCAAGGCUAAAGGACUAUGAGACUGAACUAUUAAGGUCAAAUCCUAAUAGCAAGAUUGAGAUCAAUACAACAACAAAACUAAAUGGAGCAAAAGCAUUCCACUCCAUGUAUAUCUGCUUUGACAAAAUCCGUGUGGCAUGGAAGGAGUAUUGCAGGCCGGUUAUUGGAUUAGAUGGGACAUUUCUCAAGCACAGCUCUCUGCAAGGACUGAUUCUUACUGCGAUAGGAAGGGAUCCCAAUAACCAGAUAUACCCAAUAGCAUGGGCUGUGGUCGACUCUGAGAGCAAUGAUAAUUGGCAAUGGUUUAUUCACAGGUUGAAGAUUGAUUUGGCAUUAGGCGAGGGUGAUCUUGUGACAAUCAUAUCAGAUCAGCAUAGGGGAUUAAUUCAUGGAGUUGCUGUUGAGUUGCCAAGAGCUGAACAUAGAGCUUGUGCUAGGCACAUCUACUCUAAUCUGAAGAAGAAUCAUAAGUCUGAUACUCUAAAGCCACUCUUCUGGCGUAUUGCAAGUAGCUACAAUGAGGCUGACUAUGAGAGGAGUUUGGACGUUUUCAAACAGUUUGAUCCACUAGCAGCUGAAGAUCUUCUGAAGAAGGAUCCUUCUACUUGGUGCAGGGCUUUUUUCCGGAUAGGUUCGUGUUGUUCUGACACUCAUAACAACUUCACAGAGUCUUUCAAUAGGACUUUGAAGAUAGCAAGAAAGAAGCCCUUUAUUCAGAUGCUUGAGUUGAUUAGAAGAGAUGCGAUGCAGAGGAUAGCUACUAGAUAUAAGACAGCUUGUAAUGAGACAGGUCUUGUUACAAAGAAGGCGAGAAAGGAGGUUCAAAAGUCUUGUGAUGAAGCUCAGCAUUGCUAUUCUUGGCCUAGCACAGGUGGUGUUUAUGAGUGUGUUGAAUUUUCAAAUGGUUACACAGUCAAAUUGCCUUCUCGUACCUGCGCUUGUAGGAAAUGGGACUUGUCUGGAAUCCCAUGUCGCCAUGCUGUAUCUGUUAUCCGUGAGAAUAAUUUUGAGGUUGAAGAUUAUAUUUCAGAUUAUUAUCUGACAUCGAAGUGGCGAGGUUUGUACAUGGAUGGGUUGGGGCCUGUAAAUGGUCCAAGGUUUUGGAAGCUAUCUGGUGCAGACCGUAUUGAAGCACCACCAUACAAGCGACCUCCUGGAAGACCAAAAGAGAAAGCAAGGAUUAAAGGAGUGCGUGAAUCACCCAAGAAAAAUCAGACCAAAGUUAGUAGAAAAGGAAGAAAAGGUCAUUGUGCUGUUUGUAAUGGUGAAGGCCACAACUCAAGGAAGUGUCCUAAUGAGUCUGAUGAAAGCAGAAAGCGUAGGCGUGAGAACAUGGAACAACAAUCAAAUGAGCAAGCAAUUGAGGACGUUUCCUCAACUGCACCAACUGCUACACAACCUUGA